AUGGAGAAGAUUUUGAAAGUAGCAUGGAAAGUUACUCUUUUGGCAACAUUUCUUGGGACUUCAAUUGAUGAACUGCGGAAGAGACAACUGGAGGUGAGUCACUUAAAAUUAAUAACUGAGACAUUAUAUACAUCUGCAACGGCUCAGUCGUCUAAUAUUAUAUUUCAUAAAGCAAUGUGAACAAAAUGGAAUAUCCUUACAAGCUUCAUGAUAUUGUUUUGGAAAGCACAGAUUAUGAAAAUUGAAAUCAUCAGAUUUCAUCCAAGAGGAAUCAUCAAAACUCACUCGUGCAUGUUUUUUCCAAAUUACAUUUGAAACCAUAUACUAUUACCUAAUUGUUUAGAGUGGGUACAGUACUUUUAACAGAAAAUAUUCCUGGCUCUAGCAAUUUCCAAUUUCCCUAUUGUUCGAGUCACAGAUAAUUAACUUUCCUAAAACAUUGCUAUUGGUUAGUUGAGCAAAAAUACAAUACGCACGGACCAGAUUUAUGAAUAAACGUUGACCAAAAUAGAUAACGAGUUAUGUUGUUACUCUAAUGCGUUUCACAGCCAUCUUCCCUUCGAUAGGCCAUGGUUAAAUCACGCCCAUAAUCUGUGCUUCCCAAAACAGUGUCACUCCGUCAUAUUAUUCCAUGGAACUACAUAUACACAGAUCGUACAUGAUUAUACAUGAUUUACUUUCUCUCUAAUUUUAUAGAAUGAAAAAAAGAAAUCUGAGAUGCGUCAGUUAAUACUAAAUGAAAUACGUGAUAUAAAAGAAAAUGGAAUACUGACCAAAGUGGAAUGUGAAGAAAGGAAAAGACAGUUAUUGUCAAAAUACGAUGAUAACUUUUAA